GUGAUGCUGAGCAGUGAGAGGAACCAGAGAGAAACAACGGGACCCGCGGUGACCACAGAGAAGCAGAAAGCACGAGACGAUGGUGGGCCUGAGAAACCGGUCCACGUGGGCCCCGCUGCUCCUCAAGGCCUCCUGCAUCAAGUCCUGUGCCAACGGCUGCUCCCUGGGCAUUACCGCACAUCUCACCUACGCCAACACAGACACCGAACCUGUGGAGGGUGUGUUUGUGUACCCGCUAGGGGAGAAGGAGGUGGUGGUGGGCUUUGAGGCGGUAAUUGCUGGCCGGAUGGUGGGAGUUCAGAUCCAGAGUCGGGGGAAGCUGGAGGACUGCUGUCUGGACUGCUGCCCAGGAUUGGGGCUCGAUGGCCAAUGUGGCAACGGACGGGAGUGGGGCUGCUGCGGGGACUCCAGCUUGGACAUGCAGUGUACCAAUGGCCAUCUCAUCCUAGAUGAAGACUUGGAGCGAACCACCUUCAUCGUAGGCACAGGGGUCAUUGGCCCGAUGGACAUUGUAUCUGUCAUCAUUAGCACGACCAUGGAACUCCCCACCUUGAAGAGUGGUGCGAUCCGCCUGGUCUACCCCACAGUACUCACUCCCAUCGCCACAGGGCAGGUCACUGCAAGCAAAAGUGAAAAUGGGGGGAAAUCAGAUGAAACAGGACCCACCAGUUGUUUUGGAGCCACCUCAGGGAAACAGGAGAGGGUUUUGGGUUUGGAGCAACAGUGUGCCCAUGCCAUCUUCACCAGCCCUGCCACCAACGUGGCACCCUACGAGCUCAACUUCCAGCUGCUGGUCCGAGGGGCAUGCCUGCUGGCUGGUCUGGAAAGCCCUACCCACGCCCUGAGGGCAGAUGCAGACCCCAGCGCCCAGAGUGCUUCCGCCACCUACAUCACCCUGGCACAGGAACACCCCUAUGACAGACACAUAGAGAUCAUACUGCACCUCAGCGAGCCUCACAGCCCAUUGGUCAUCCUGGAGAGGGGUCGGCUCACCUUCAGCCAAUACGAGCAGCAGAUCUGUUCCCGCCGCGACUUCAUUCGCUGUGCUCGCAAAGAGCUGGAACCAGAGAAGAAGUUGGAGUUUGUGAGAAAGCGGUACCACAAGGACAUCCUGAGCAGCCCGGUCCUGAUGCUCAACUUCUGUCCUGACCUGCUGUCUGAGCCUCCAGAGCUGCACCGCGCCACCAGGGAACUGCUCUUCCUCAUAGACCGCAGUGGCAGCAUGAGCGGCAUCAACAUCCACCGCAUCAAGGAACCGAUGGUGGUAGCUCUGAAGAGUCUUCCUCCAGGCACCAUGCUCAACAUCAUAGGCUUCGGCACCACCAUCAAAGCCCUGUUCACCACCAGCAAGCUCUGCACAGACGUGAUCUUGGCACAGUCCUGUGAGUACAUCCAGAAGAUGAGGGCUGACAUGCGGGAAACCAACCUGCUGGGGGCGCUGUCUUGGGUGUACCAGCAGCCCGUGCAGCGCUCCUGCCCCCGCCAGGUGUUCAUCAUCACAGACGGCAGCGUCAGCAGUGUAGGCAAGGUGCUGGAGCUGGUCCGCAGGAACACUUGUGCUGCCAGGUGUUUUGGUCUUGGCCUGGGCCCCAGAGCCUGCAGGAGGCUCCUACAGGGUGUUGCCAAGGUGACAGGUGGAACAACAGAGUUCUUGGGUGAGGAGGAGAGGCUGCAGCCCAAGCUGAUAAAGUCCCUGAAGAAGGCCUUUGAGCCAGUCCUCACUGAUGUACGAAUAGACUGGUACCUGCCUGAUAACAUGGAGGCUCUCCUGUCACCCAAUGAGAUCCCUCCGCUUUACCCAGGGAAUCGCCUGAUUGGCUACUGUACCCUGUACGAUGUGUCUAGCUUCAGAGGCAAGAAGACUGAGGGGCGUGGUCGGGGCUAUAAGGGCUUGUCUCGGGGCUCGGUUGGCUCUGUGUUCGGCCUAUCGAACGACGAGCUGUCCCCUCCCUCUGUGUCUGAGCUCCUCCCUCUGGUUACAUCAUCAGAAGGCGCAGACCUAGAGGAGGCGCUGAGGGAAAUCUCCCGGGAAAUCUCCUCAGAGUUCUCCUGUGCCAAAGACACUGACACUGGGACUAGUACAGGUGGGGAGGUGGAAUGGUCCAGUGAUGUUCGUCGUAGGAUCCAGGAGAGUUCUUACAUCCAGGAGCAGUAUGUUCUGACCCGCUGCUCCCUGAGCAGUGAGAGGGGUCUGCCCUACACCCACACCCACACCCACACCCCCUCUACCUCUGACUCUAUGGGAGGCCCUUACCCCACUGACCUGCUCCCCAUCCCGUGCCUGGACACGGGUUCCCUGCCGCAGGGCCUCGAGAAGAUGGCUCCACCCGAACAGAGAAGCACCCUGUCCCGCUGGGGCGAGUCGCCAUGGCAACAGACCGCUUCCUCCGAGAAUACAGAUUCCGUGUCAAAAAAGGCAGGGCGUCUGUGUGCAGGGGAGGAGUCUCGAAGGAGACAGAGGGCAUUGGCCCGCUCCGCCAUGUCUGCGAGAAGUUUCUCCUCCCCCCAGGGUGAGCUGGACAUGCACCGCCUGCGGAGGGCGCUAGAGAGGGUCUCCUUCGACCAGGCAGUGGGGGGGAGGCUGGAGGAGAGCGAUGGGGAGAACCAGCCUACACCCAGAGGAGGGCUGUCCCGCAGGAGCCUCACUGACUCCAACGGCCUGCUGUUCCCUGUCUCUCCUCUGGACUGGGACAGUUUCACCGACCCGGAAUACCUGUUUACCGCCGCCCCCCCGGACGACCCCCCCACGCCCCCUGCCCAGUGUCGCUCUCUCAUCCACGGCCUCCUGGGAGGCAGGCCCGUUUCCUGGGAGGUCACCGUGGACCUGACACAACUCUGGGCCCCUGAGGGCCAGGGGACAGGAGGGACGUCCAGGGGAGGAGGAGAAGGGGGGGAAGGGGGUGACCUCUGGGAGGAAAUGAUCCACCAGCUGACCGUUCGCUCUGCCAUUAGGGACUUUGAGAAGAUGGCGGAGAAGGAGAGUGACAUUGAGCAUGGACCUGCUAAGCGGUACCGUAUGAAGGCCAUCCAGACCAGUAAGAGCUGUAACAUCAUCUGUAUGUACACAGCCUUUACUGCCACCAACACCAGCAAGGGUCCAUCAGACAUUGUGGAAGUUAGAAACACAGGGUUGCGUUUGGGGAACAGACGGAGCUCCCAGUCAGGCAGUCGUAGACAGAGGGCCUACUCUGUGGGACUAGGCCGACGCCCCUCCAGCAGAGACAGUGAGGAAUUUGAGGACACCUGCAACUCCACAGACAGGGAUGAUACUCCUGCCUCCCCCUGCAGCCUGAAGUCUUGGGACAGCAGUGCAGGGGGCAAUCCCUACCCUGCCAGUCCAUCAGCCGUGUCUGGCACCUCCUCCACCCGAUCCCAACGCUCAGCGGAAAGCAAGUCUGUGGAGAGCUUCUUUGGCUCCAGAUUCCCUCUUGGCAGACUUAGGUCGCCUAACUCCUCUGGAAAGCAGGCCCCUCUGAAGGGCCACUGUCUCUCUGCUGAGGCUGAGAAACACACAGACACAGAGAACCCAGACUACCUGCCUCUGGUGCGUCUCCAGUUGGCAUCUGGGGCCUUCCUCCUGACAGAGGUCUACUCUGACUGCAUCCAGAUUCCCCUGGACCGUCUGAAGAGGGCGUCCCCCUACAGCCGCCACCGCAGCAGCCUCAGCCCCCCCUUCCGCUGCACCUCCGCCAACGCCCCAACAAUCCCCUCCUCCACCACUACCAAGCUCCCAACUGGUACCCCCCUCUACCACACCACCUCCUCUACCAAGCCUCCUAGUCCCCCCCAUCACCACACCUCCACCUCUUCCUCUACUGGUCCCAAGCCCUCGGUUAGCCCCCACACCCCAGACAACCCUCCCCCAAUCCUGGACCCCCGACUCCGCAGGAGACGCUUCUCCGACCGGGGCCGAGAGCCCCUGAUGACCCUCCUCGACCCCCCUAGCUCUGAGGAAGGCUCCCCUGACAUGACAGGUGGCCCUCUCCCCCAGACCACCCAGACCCAGGCAGACAGCGGGCGCGGCUCAGAGACUGACGUCUGUGAGGGUUCUCUGUUGGAUCCAGCAGCUCCAGACCCCCAGGGGAGCGACCAGCUGGCUCUGGGAGACCUGGAGGGCUCGAGCUGGGCCACGGCCGUGGCUCUGGCCUGGCUGGAGCACCGCUGUGCAGGGUUUUUCAUGGAGUGGGAGCUGGUGGCAGCCAAGGCGGACUUCUGGCUACGGGGCCAGGAGCUGCCGGAGGGGGUGGACCUGGCCGGGCUGAAGGGGGCUGCCAGACAGCUGUUUCUGCUGCUCCGCCACUGGGACGAGAACAUCCAGCUCAACAUGCUCUGCUACAAUCCCAACAACAUGUGACCACAUAGUCACCAUGUUAAAACCACCACAAUGUGUGACAUUUCUUACUACUGUCACAACAACAUGUGAUGUGACAGUGUCACCAGUGUUGCCUCCUACCUUAAAUAAUUAGGUUCAGUUGAAAAAAGGCAUUUGCACCUCUGGUUGCUAAUACUAAUGCCUCUGUGCCCUGUCUACAUAAAGAAACCCGAUUCCAUAUUUCCCCAGUGCCAAGAUCAUUUUAAAGCCAUUGAAUUAGGUCAAAUUGAGACUUGACGAUGCAAACACUACUUGACUAACCCAAGUGGCCUUGACGUACACCAUAUGAAACUACAAUAAUGCCUUGAUCAUCUAAAGCUUACAUUACUUUGAUUUAGUACAUUUUAUAGUUACUGCUCUAUUUUUUCUUAGCUGAAUGGCCUAUUAACUGGGUAGUAUGUCUAUAACUUGCAUUAGUGUAGAAUGAAAUUACUAUGAAAUCUUGUUUGUAAAUGAAUGACAUUAAAUUCAAAUUUCUUUACAGAGAUAUGCCUUUUAUUUUUCAUCUUUAUCAACAGAAUAAAACAAUCAAUCUCCCAUCUCUGUCCUCAUGUGUAACACACACGCAAAUCAAACAAACAUCAGCAAACAAAUAUGAGCACUAAACUAUGGUAAACAUCUAUCGCAGCUCAUAAAAAUAAAAAUCACACUUAAAGGAACAGUUCCAUUCUCAGAUUAAAAAGGGACAGUUCAG